CAAAAGUCUUUGUUAAAGACGGUUCGCACCCACACUCGCACCCGAUCCGAGUCGGGACAACAGGCCAUCGAUGCACCUGUCGUUCAGACAAGAGUUCAUUCGAAGAAGUCUUCUAACGAUAUGAACCAAUUGAAUGCGAGCACCGAUAGGGCGCGCAAAACAUUUGCAAUGCCUUUACCGCCCAAUACUAGUGCCGUCGCCGACAAGACUUCGACCACUACUCCAUCGGAACCCAACUUAUCUCAAGACGAGUCGUCCACUCAUUCGACUCCCGGAACGCCAUCCAAACGCAAGAAGAGGUACUAUAAGGGCGGCACUUAUGGCCUCUUUUUGUCCAAAAAGAGGAGGAAAUUGAAGGAACAGAAGAAGGCCAACGAAAAGAUUGAUUCGAGUGUUAAGUCGAGUGGUGUCGGCGCUGAAGGCGAGGAGAGUUCGCAGUCCUUUGCGGCCAACUCUGAAUCCGACGGCGAACUCGACGGCGAGUCCUCUGAUAUGUCGAACGCUGACGACGAACGCGAUGUCGAAGACAUUGCUAAUGAGAUAAACGAAAGCAACGACGAUCUGCACGAAGAGUUUGUGGACGCAGUGGAAGGCAGUGGUGAACAGCCGGUGCUUAUCAAUGAGGAUGUCUCGAAGAAUGGCAUUCCCGAGGAUGCGUCCGACAAUAUAGGAUCACAAUCGCAUACAAUGCCACCAAAAGAGGCCAACCCUUGCAAUGUUGGCGAUCAUGUGAAGAGGAGGCCAGGAAGGGGUCGCCGUCGAGUCGAUGGCCUCUCAGAAGAGGACUAUCAGUCGCCGCCGUCGAGCACUAACUCGAAGUCGAAUGCAUCGAAGGAAUCGAGACAAUUGUCACCCAAUAAGGACUCGAGUGGUCAUAAAGGGGAGAGUGAGUCGACUCCUGGUCUCACUAAUGGGACCACUCGUCAAGUGUUUCAAUUGGCCGCCAAUAAUGUCACCUCAAGUGUUGUGCAAAACCCAAACCGCAAGACAUUGCUUAGAAUAUCGACGGCAGGCUCUGUCAUGUCUGGCGAUACCACCGGAACACAACUCGGCGCUGAACUCUCGAAGUUUGUUCUUGUGAAGGACAAAUCAACGGCACAGAUGUCUAACUGCAUGUGUUCUGCGAAACCAUUGAUUGAUAGCUCACAGAAAGACAUCUCAAAAGGAAAACCUCUGUUUUGUCAGGCGAUCGACUGUUUUGAUGAGAAGUUGAUCGGGUGCUGCAAUCAGGUGCGCCUCACGUCACUGUUCCGGUCGUCGAGACGAGUGCCGUAUCGUAUCCUCUGUGAAGUGCAUUUGGCGCGACUCCGACGCCACCACUGCUGUCCCGGUUGUGGCCUCUUCUGCACUCAGGGAGAGUUCAAUGAAUGCUUUUGUGUCAAAAAGCAGAUCCAUUUGUUUCAUAAGAAAUGUCAGGUCGAGCGCCCACAGGACCCCAAAACACAGCACUGUUUGCACUGCGGGAACGUAUCACAGGCGCGGACGGUGCGGCUCGAGAUGAACGGUCCGCUCACUAAUAAUACCUAUUACUUACAGCAGACAUCUAUUCUCAAAACUCCUAAAGCUCGUAUAGCUAUGACUAAAAGGAAGGGCAGACAAAAGACACCGACUAUUAGCGAAGAAUAUGAAGAACCGGGUAUUGAAUAUACCAUUCCUGCCACACAAAAGAUACUUUCACUAGCCGGUCUGCCAUUUGGUCCGCAACGCAAACAAUUGGAAGAACUUUUGGUCAACUUAUCGGCAGAUAAGCAGUCGAUUCGACUCACUAUACAACACAAUAAGAACUUCUAUGCCGUCGCCAAAAGUGGUGAAGUGGACAAAGUGUUGAGCAUUUUAGCACAAGGCUUUGACCCUAACUUCCCGUUUGAAGACAACGACAACGAGACCCCACUUCACGCGGCGGCCAAUUGCGGCCAUAUAUUAGUAGUGCAUCUAUUGAUA